AUGGCAGUUAACGUUUACUUCACAUCUUCGACCAGCGACAACCUGAGCCGCCAUGACAUGUUGGCCUGGGUCAACAACUCUCUCAAGUUGAACUACACCAAAAUCGAGCAGCUGUGUUCGGGCGUGGCCUACUGCCAGUUCAUGGACAUGCUGUUCCCCGGCUCCAUCACUCUGAAGAAAGUCAAGUUUAUGGCCAGGCUCGAGCACGAGUACAUCCAGAACUUCAAACUGCUGCAGGCGGCCUUCAAGAAGAUGCAGGUGGACAAGGUCAUCGCGGUGGACAAGCUGAUGAAGGGCAAGUUCCAGGACAACUUCGAGUUCCUACAGUGGUUCCGCCGCUUCUUCGACGCCAACUACGACGGUCGGCCGUACGAGGCGGUGGCCGCCCGCCAGGGCCAGGAGGCGGGCUCGUCUGCCGGCGCCUCGGGCCUCCACUUUAACAAGCCCAAGAAGACGCUGAGCACUCUGAGCGCCGCCUCGGGCCCGGACAAGAAGGACAAAGCCGUGCGGUCGUCAUCGUCGGGGACCUCGCUGCUUCGCUCCAAGGCCGCCCCGAAGGCGGGCGGCGGCGGUGGCGUGACGGCGGCGUCGGCGCAAUCUCCCGCCAAAAGCGCCGCGGACAACAACAACAACAUGGCGGGCAAUGGCGACGCUCAUCUGGCCGAGCAGGUGAGGGCCUUGAAGAGCGACCUGCUGGAGCUGGAGAAAGAACGGGACUUUUACUACGGAAAGCUGAGAAGCAUCGAGAUGAUCUGCCAGGAGAAGCAGCAGGAAGACAGCGGGCUGGUCCAGCAGCUGGAGAAGGUGCUCUACUCCAUCGAGGACGGUGUCAACCCCCGGGAGGCCGCCAUUGAGCAGCCCGAGGAGCCAGAGGAAUAUUAA